AUAUAACAGAAACACAGCAGCACGCUAGACACAUUUUUCUAAUAUACGUUGGCUUUCACCGAUCCGCUGGAGAUAAAUGUCCGAUACUAGGGACAGCUUGUAGGGAGGACCUUAAAGAUCAGGGGAAUUCGAUCCUAUCGGGAAUAAAUUGAUUAAUGGGAUAUAACUCCAACAUAUCGCCAAUGGGUUUCAAGGAUCAACACCCUCAACGAACAAAGCAUUAAUACACAACAACUACGAGCACCAAACAAAUGUAUACAUCUUCUGAAGAAAAUAAAAUAGACGCUCCAAAAGUGCAGUUACUUGAUUAACUUUGACUAGGGUGCUCCAAAUGAGAGUAGAGGGAAUUGGAGUAUUAUUUACCGCCAAAUCAUAACAUUUUCAACAAUCAAGCUACACUAAAUCGUUGUUUCACCUGAAGGAAAAGGUUCUAAGUAAAUAGACAGUACACGAUAAGAACAUCCAUCAAGAAAAUAUUGGCACGCUCAAUUAGACUUAGGGCUCAUCUAUAACUGAGGAGACGUAUGGAGAGAGGAAGCAAUCAGAAAGAAAACAUUAAACUUCUAGCCUGGCAUUCAUUCGAUGUCAAAGUGGAAAUCCUGAUUGGUUGUAGCAAUCAAUAGAUUGGAUCAUGAAAUGUAAUACCUGGGCUACUGAUCGUGUCAUUACGUACUUCACAGAUCAGCAAUAGAUCGGCAAGGGAUAAGUCAAAAGACUACCGACAGAGGAGUUGCUACAUCUGAGUUAGUUAGUAAGAGAUCGUAAGCCUGAAUGCAAUCAUCGCAUUAUUAGCCGCAUAAGGAAGAUCGAUUGAAACAAGGUGGCGAACCUAAUUAAAGCACAGUGACAAGACUGCAGCCCGGAGUGCAUCCAGAAUCAAAAGUUGAGAAUAUCAAAAUGACAAAUGAUCUCAAAUCAAGGAAGGGAAUCGAAGGCUUAAUUCAUGGAUUUAUAAAGUGUUUAUAAGACGCUUAGCGUGGUGAAGUAGUAAUAAGGUGACCCAUCAAUCAUUCUACUGGAUAUUGUAAUGUCAAAUUAAGCAGCAUUUUGAAAUAUAGCAAUUUAACAGCAAUUUAUUUGACAUAUCUAAUUCCCUAAUUAUAGGUUUGAAUGCAAUACUCGCUUAGCGCUAAAUCCAUAGAGAGAUGGCCAAGACAAUACUGAUUGCAAAUCAAAGAAUUCUUAGAUAACUAGAACAGAAACAUUAGAACAUAAAAGUGAAAGAAAUUGAAGUGAAAGAAAUUAUAACAAUUCAUAUUGAUCGGACUGAGAAUCUAAUAUCACCUAGAUGACCUAUAUCGCUGAUACAUUAAUUUGAAUAAUCCUGCGGGGAAUAUGCGAUAAAACUACGAACAAACAGUUUUAGGCAUUUAGGGAUGCAUGGGGCGUUUACAUAUCACUUUGAGCACAUCAGAGUAAUAACGCUCGGAGUGUUACAUGACUGUUUAGAGUUCCUAGGGAAUACGUCGACCCAAGAGGGAUCGUUUUAAAACCUCCAGUAAUUAGUUGCAUGACAGUUGUGUUUAGAGGAGUAAAUAUGUUGAUAAAUGUCUUUAAGACUGAUUCAAUUAUUGACAAUUUCGAGUUGUCUCGAUAUCGGUUUUGUUAGUUGACGCAAGACAAGACACGAAGUGGCUGUCAGAUGUAAAUGGCUUUAAUGGACUUACCAUUGUAUAAAACCGAACAAAAUUAGGCUCGAUAUCAUACCAGGAGAAUAUAUCAGAUUUAUUAUUGACAACUCUACAAUUUGAUUUACCGAACAAUCAAGAUGGCCACGGAUGCAUUACCAGAGGAGACUGUUAACCUAGCGGCCACGUCCCGAAUGAUAGGGGUUAAUUACACUAAUGGUACAAUAUUAGAUGACGGCCCCGGGCCCUCGAGACUUGCUACAGCUGUGGGAGCAGUAAUCAUACUGAUCUUUCUAGUUGAGGGCAUUCUAGGCAACCUAUGGAUUAUGUUUGUGAUAUUACGCAAGAAAGAAAUGAGAAACGUUAUUAAUAUAUUUAUUGUCAGCUUAUGCGUGAAUGACUUGAUGAACCUUUGCGUAAACCAGAUUCUGUUUUUGUCAUCCUAUAUUGCUCUGGAAUGGGUGACUGGCAUGGCGGUGUGUGGUGUUGUACCAGAACUAAGCGUCGUCUUCACAGGUACUUCGCUAUGGCAUAGUGCGUUGAUCGCCAUACAUAGGUACAUCGUUGUUAUACACAAUGACGUCUAUAACAGAAUGCAUAUAAAACUUUAUGUUGGAUUUGUGCUUGUCAUAACGAGAGUUCUACCAUUUGCAUUUAACAUUCCAGCAAUUAUUACACCAAUGGCUGGAUACUCACCAAAACUUUUACGCUGUAUACUUCUACCGCAGUACGCCACGAGAACAAUGGCUAUGAUGGUGUGCUUGUUUAUUGUUCCAUGUCUAAUAGUAAUCUGUUGCUUCCUUGCCAUAUUUAUAUACGUCCAUCGCUCAACAUUACGCAUUCAAAAUGCAGGUUUCCGCCGUGAGAUUCAAAUCACUAAGAUGUUUGGUUGUGUCUUCUUUACCAUCCUUAUUGGAUAUCUCCCAUAUGCGUUUAUCCGUACUGGCGACCGGAACAACCAAUUGAGCCCGGAUGUUUAUGUGAUUGUAUCGACAUUGUAUUCCGUGGCAACAUGCCUCAGUCCGCUGAUCUACGGCGCUAUGAACCAGCAGAUUCGACAGGCGUGUCAGGAUUGCUCGACCUGUUCAAAUUACGAUAAAAAACGACGACAUUCUGAUCGCUAUUUAGGAGAACAGACAGUAAGACUUACGAAUGGCACCAAAGCUAGUAUUGGGGAUAAGUCAAGUUCAACAGACCACGCCGAUCAACUUAAGGUCAAUUGCUCAGAUCGUGAAAUGACAUCGUCAUAUGCUGACGAGAAUUGCCUGGUACAUUCAAACAAAUCAAAUGGAAAGGGUCCAACCUUCGUGUAGACAUGAGCAAGCUAUUAACUUUAAAUUUAUUAACAACAAUUGAGGGCCCAUUACCGGAAACUUCAACAAACAGACAAAGUUAAGAAUACCAACUUACAUUUUUCUGUUACUAUGACAACAUUAUAUCCAUGGUAACAACUAAUUGAGGAUUUCUUAACUUAAUGGAGUUUAUAUUUAUGACCCUUUGCAUUGAUAAAAUCUGAUAAAAUCUGAAAAUGCAUGAUCUGUGCUAUACAACACAUUGUCACUUAUCCGAGACAACUUGCGCUCUCAUUCCAGAAACAUUAGGUUUGACCGACAAUGUGGUAUCGUUGAACAAAUAGCAUCUAAUCAGAUAGCAUCUUAUACAUUUAAAUUACGAAAUAAUUAGAACGUUCAGAUGACGAUAUCUUGCAGAAAUACAUAUGGCCGGCGGGGCCUUGUGCCAAAUGAGAUAAAUUAUAUUUUACCAAUUGUUUAUAAUUAAUUGUUUUCGUGUCUAAUACGAUUGUGUUGCUUUGUUCAGUAUAAUCAAAUUACAAUUGGAAGCGAUGUUGCAAAAAUAUGAAUAGUUUACUAUAAAUACUGACUACUUCAACCGAAAUGAUUCAACAAAUGUUUUCCAUGUGCUAACGAGCUUUUUGAAAGAGUUCGUAUAUUUGUUUUUUGGAUGUGUCGUGGUAAUUAUGAGCUUUGGUUAACAUGAUUAACGUCUAAGUGAUGUAUAAAAGAACGCAAUUUACAGCUUAUGUCAACACAGAGAUGAUAUAUACAAUAUGUAUUAUAUGUUCAUAAAAUGGAAAUAUGUACAAUAAACUAUAUACGCUUAAAUUAA